AUGGCGAAACGGAAGAGUACUAGUACAGCGCCUGUCAACAACACUGCAAGUGUAGGCUCAGCCACUCACUGGACCGACGAAGCAACCUCCCGGCUCAUUCAAUAUCUCACACUUCAUCGUGCCGAAGGUGGAGAUGGUAUCAACUUCAAACAGGCAACCUUUGCCGCUGCAGCGGCUCAUUUGUUGGAGCCACCAGACGGCACUCCAAAGGAGAACUACAUAGUGGGAAACAAAAGGGACUGGCAGUCAUGCAAGAACAAAUGGAUUAUGUGCAAGAAAAAGCAUGCCGCUAUUGUUGAAAUCAAGUCGCAAUCAGGCUUUUCGUGGGACGAGGAACUUGGCGCAAAUAUUGGCCUAGCUGAUGCCGCAUGUUGGACAACAUUCACAAAUGCACAUCCUGGUGCAAAGCCGUUUCACAACAAAGGCUGGAAGCACUUUGACGAGAUGGAUGACCUUUUGCGUGCGCAGAUCUCACGUGGCACCAAUGCUUUUCAUGCAGGCCAGGAAACCUUCGAAUCGCAACACACUCCUAGCAACAUCAGCAAUGAAGGCCCUGCUGUCGAGCACGAGCCAGUGGCAUCCACAACAGGAGACUCAGGAGUUGAAGAAGAUGACGAGAGAACAAUUGCAGAGGGAGAGCUAGAUGACGAUGAAGAUGAUAUCAUUCCUUGGGAAGCAACUCCUCCUCCUUCGAAGCGAAAAUCUGCACCUGUGGCUUUGACUCCGUCUCUUACUGCUUCCUCAUCUUGUCCCUCUGGUCCAUCUUCGAAACGCCAGCGCAUUGGUGGAUCAGCCACCGCACUAUAUGCAAUAAAUGAUCCAUUUUCUGAGUUCACCGAUGUCUUCCGUGUAGCCUCACAAUCGCAAAAAUCAGCUAUUGCCUUAUCACCUCAACGCAAGCAGGCAGCAAUGCGACGCGCACAACUUCUAGAAACACAUCUUGAUGAUGAUAGCAUGGCUGCACUUAUCGAAGCUUUUCAGAUGGAUGUCAGCACUGCUGACGCAUAUAUGGUGAUGUCCGACGAUGGGCCAAGGAAGUCUUUUGUUGUCCGCAAGAUCAAAUUUAUCAACAAGCAGGGUCUCUAG